GUUUCAUACUCUGAAAUACCACCUGAAGUUCCUUUGGUAAUGGAUAAUAUACUUCCAAGAAUUUUUGAUCGGUCGACUUUAAACAAAUGCUUAAAUCACCAGAGCCCAUUAGUUAAAUAUAAGACGAUUAUAACAUUAUGUGUAAUGUUUCAAAAGCUGGACAAGGUUAAGCAGGCUUUUGAUGAAGCAGCUCGUUGCUUGAAUGUUUUAUCAAAUAAAUCGUCUAAUGAAAAAAAGUCAUCGGCUAAAUGGCUUCAAACAAUUGAAUCAAUAUUUGAGGAGAUAAAACGUAGAGUUCCUGACAUUCAGGUCCUUCUUAAAAUUUAUUAUCAAACUCUUACAUGUGAACAAAAGUUAUCGGCCGAGCUAAUGCCUGAUGAAGUAACUGAAGAAUAUACAAGAAAUAGCAUGAUACAUGAAAUGGUUCUAAGAUUGAUAAAAUAUUAUCAUCAAUUCUUACCCGAAGCA